AUGAAUAACUCAACAAACUCCUCUAACAAUGGCCUGGCUCUGACCAGUCCUUAUAAGACAUUUGAAGUGGUUUUUAUUGUCCUUGUGGCUGGGUCCCUCAGUUUGGUGACCAUUAUUGGGAAUAUCCUGGUCAUGGUCUCCAUUAAAGUCAACCGCCACCUCCAGACCGUCAACAAUUACUUUUUGUUCAGCUUGGCCUGUGCUGACCUCAUCAUUGGUGUUUUCUCCAUGAACUUGUAUACCCUUUACACUGUGAUUGGCUACUGGCCUUUGGGACCUGUGGUGUGUGACCUUUGGCUAGCCCUGGACUACGUGGUCAGCAAUGCCUCCGUAAUGAAUCUGCUCAUCAUCAGCUUUGACAGAUACUUCUGUGUCACAAAACCACUCACCUAUCCCGUCAAGCGGACCACAAAAAUGGCAGGUAUGAUGAUUGCAGCUGCCUGGGUCCUCUCCUUUAUCCUCUGGGCUCCGGCCAUUCUCUUCUGGCAGUUCAUUGUAGGGGUGAGAACUGUGGAGGAUGGGGAAUGCUACAUUCAGUUUUUUUCCAAUGCUGCUGUCACCUUUGGCACGGCCAUUGCAGCUUUCUAUUUGCCUGUGAUCAUCAUGACUGUGUUAUACUGGCACAUAUCCCGAGCCAGUAAGAGCAGGAUAAAGAAGGACAAAAAGGAGCCUGUGGCCAACCAAGAUCCAGUUUCUCCAAGUCUGGUACAAGGAAGGAUAGUGAAGCCAAACAACAACAACAUGCCUGGUAGUGAUGAUGGCCUGGAGCACAACAAAAUCCAGAACGGCAAAGCUCCCAGAGAUGCUGUGACUGAAAACUGUGUCCAGGGGGAGGAAAAGGAAAGCUCCAAUGAUUCCACCUCAGUCAGUGCUGUCGCCUCUAAUAUGAGAGAUGAUGAAAUAACCCAGGAUGAAAACACAGUUUCCACUUCCCUGGGCCACUCCAAAGAUGAGAACUCAAAGCAAACAUGCAUCAAAAUUGUCACCAAGACCCAAAAAGGUGACUCAUGUACCCCAGCUAAUACCACCGUGGAGGUAGUUGGUUCUUCAGGUCAGAAUGGAAAUGAAAAACAGAACAUUGUUGCUCGCAAGAUUGUAAAGAUGACCAAGCAGCCUGCAAAAAAGAAGCCUCCUCCUUCCCGGGAAAAGAAAGUGACCAGGACGAUCUUGGCCAUUCUGUUGGCUUUCAUCAUCACUUGGGCCCCAUACAAUGUCAUGGUGCUCAUUAACACCUUCUGUGCACCCUGCAUCCCCAACACAGUGUGGACGAUUGGUUAUUGGCUCUGUUACAUCAACAGCACUAUCAACCCUGCCUGCUAUGCACUUUGUAAUGCCACCUUCAAGAAGACCUUUAAACACCUUCUCAUGUGUCAUUAUAAGAACAUAGGCGCCACAAGGUAA